AGUGCGGGUAGUCGCAAUACAUCUUGGAACGUCCGCGGUGGCGAGCAUACGCUGGCCCCGAACACAUUGAAUUGAACUUGGGCUCCGUUUUCGAUCGGUCAGCAGGUGGUGAACCUGGUCUUUUCGUCGCCGGCACACAUUGCGACGGCAGCGGUAACGCCACAGGGCGAAUAGAACACGAAUACUAUCGACCGGACUCGGUAAGCGACGUGAGCGAUUCAAAACCCGGCAGCAUGCAAUACUUGGCCCUCUGCGUUCUGCUGAUGGCGAUCAGCGAACCUCUUCUUAUUCACGCAAAGGUGUUAUUGGUCGUACCUCGACAUGUAAGACGAAGCCCGGCGGUGUCAUGGAGACCUCCUUCAUUGCACUACAAAAAGUCAUCUUCCAACAGUAACGAUUUUCAUCGUCACGCAUACAGUUACGGCAAUCGUUAUAACAGGAAACCAUACCGACCAAUGGCAUAUCCACAAGGGGGCGACGAUUUCGAUCAAGGUCACGAAACCGUGAAUCACGUGCACGUACCGUACGGUAAAGAUGUUAGUCACAGUGUCUCGUUUGGCAAAGGAUACAUCCCCUACGAGAAUGUCAAAAGCAGCAAUCUGCCAUUUGUACAUGAAAGGUACGCCGGUGCUUACGCUCGUCAACCUGCCGUUCCGGAUUACCCACCGACUGGUUUCACGUCGGUAGGUCAGGAGUACGCGGCAUCAGCGAACACGCAUACUUACGACAACCCGCACAUCGACUCAUUCUUCUCCGAUAUGGAGGGUGCAGCUAGGAGCGAGCUGCACGAAAGCUUGAAGGAUGCUACGAACAAGUACUACAAUGCUCGUUCUAUCGAGAAGGAUCUCAGUCUAAGGAACCACCAGGCCUUCAGUAACGCCGUAGAAAGGGACAGGGAGGCCUUGACGAAGAGUAACGAGCUACCCAAGGACGUCUCACCAGCUACGUAUAGUCACGCUGCGGCCGCCACAGUCGCCAACUCCGCCGACGUCGCCGCCGCCGGUAUGCAAGGUGCCGUGAUACUGCCGGCUGGCAUACCGCCAGCUACUAUCGCGGGUAACAAAGAUGGCAUUGUGCUGAGGGACACCGUGUCCUUGGACGACUAUCACAGAAAACUGGAAGAGCUCACUAAGACUUGGCCAAGUGUGUUAUCCAAUGGUGCAACGCCCAACAGUUACCCCGGCGCUCAUCAGCCAUUACACUCUGUCGAUCAUUUCCCACCAGCUGGUCUGUCGGUUGGCGGUACCGGUUACGCCGGUACCGGUUGGCUACCCAACUUCGCCCAAUCCAAACAAGGCUAUGCUGUGCGAGAGGAUCAUGUAGAACCCAUGAGCUAUGACUUCAGAACGAUGCCUAUUCAUACCAAGCCGUAUAAUUCACUAUCGCCACUUACUAUGAACGUUGGUGCACCGGCUGGGAUCGUGCGACAUCACGGAUAAUCGCGCACACAAAGGCCGUGAUUGAGCUUCGAUUGAAAUUGAUGUAAUAUUGGCAAGCUCGGUUUUUCGUUGUUAGAUUGACGAUGUUACGUAUUUGCGCUUCCUAUAUUCCACGUCGAUAUACGCCGCGAAAUUGAAUAUGAAGGCCACGACUUCCGGCGCGCCUGAGGCAUCGAAAAUUAAACUACAGUGAAAUUCGAAGCGUCGAGCUCGCGGCAAGAUUUCAGUCGACGGCACACACGGCUAUCGCAGCGCAUUUAUAAUACGUUGAGUGUGUUUGUGAUUUUAUGAUCUUGCUGGGGUGCUUCUGAUUUAAAUCUCAUCUAAGAUCUCUUCGUUUCCUCAUCUUGACGUCCUCGGAUCGUUAUCGCGGCAACGCUCUCUCUUUCGAGAAAAUUUUAUUAGAUGAAGAUGAUAAAAUCGGAUUUUUAUGACGGUUUGUUUGACACGAGGAGUGAUAUAGUAGUUAUAAUUUACAUAAUUAUGUAAUUUUAUAAUAUUUUGAUGAAUCUUAUGCUUUCUCUAUGGCUUUCAGCAGAGUUGGAGCGUAAUUCCGCGCUCGUGAGAUAUACGUAUUCCGAGUGAAUUUUAGUUUCAAAACAGCUUGUUUGAGUUUUAUUCAUAUGUCUAGGUUAUUUAUGGUAUUAUUUUUAAGAAAGUUGACACGGUGAUGCACGAGCACUAAUUAUUUUCGAAAUCUACAUGUCUCCUAUUAGUUUUAUAUUGUAAUGUUUUGCAGUAUUUCGCAUGUUAUUUUCUCAAACUACGAUUUUUCGUAGAGUAAUGGACUGUUUUGUGAUCGUCGAUAUGAGAAGAGAUCGGUUAUCUUUGAGAUGGAAGCAUCAACUGCGAUUAAUAUUUUUCAAUACUAAAUAGUAACAAUGCUAAAAUGCCACGGCUCAUAUAUAGAAUAUCAUGUCGGUGUCAUUUAGUUAGUUUCAAACGGACAGCUCUUGUAUACGUGAAGUUCAUGAAAUACCUCGUCGUUGCAGUGUUUCGAAUAUUUAAAAUUCACGUGUGUGAUGGCACGGUAAUGUUAUUCUCAAAUCGAUUGCAUAGGUGUAUAAGUAAUAUUAAGAGUAUCUUCGAGGCUGACAAGCUGAUUGUUAUAUUCUUAUAAAGAUGACACGAGUGAGUUUGAAAGUUGCAUCUUUCUAAAAGUAUUGAAAAAUAUAGGAAACUAUUAAAUUGCAUGGACAAAGCGUCCCGAUGCAACGGUAUUUAAACGACCUGCUAAACGUUUGCUCUACAGUUACUCCGAUUAUUCUUGAUGAACAAAAUAAUUUUUCUUCUUAAGUUAUUGUCGCGUGCGUACAUUUGCUUUGUUUUAUUAGUGUGUAUAAGACGAGGAAUGUUCAUUCCGAUAUUUCGUUAUCAUAUAUAUCGCGCAUAUUAUUUAACUAUUAAAAAGAGAGUAUUAAAGAGAGAUAUAUUUGAAAUGUCUAAAAAAUAAAUACAUGUGAUUUAUAAAGUU